AUGCAAGCAGCUUCCAUAGAAUCCUUGCUGCAGUCCAUAAAAAAUGGAUUAAAAAAUGUUACGAACUGUGAUGCUAAUGAAGUAAUCAAGUCCAUAAAUAGCUUUCAGAGUGAUCCAUCGAUAUUAGAUAAACAUCUAAGUUUAUUUAUAAAUUUGAUAACAAAGGAUUUUUUCGUUUUGAAUAAUGAUGACACUUAUAGAAUUAAUGUAAACCACUCCAAAUUAUGUGAGAUCUUUUACAACUUUUCAAAAGUUUGCACUUGGAAAAAGAUUGUGAAAUUUUUACCGGCCGACGUGUACCUUUUACCCCAUAUCCUUUCAGAAUUGGACAAGCUAUCAUACAAGUGGCAAUUCAAAUUUUUUUUACUCUCAUGGGAAUAUAUCAUUAUAACUUCGCCUUUCAAACUACAAAAUGAUAUAGAAAUAUAUCAAAAAGCUAAAAAGUUUAAAGCAAAUCAAGUUCUGGACCCUAUCGUCUGCAUGAUACACUCCGAAUUACUCUUUAAAAACAGAACAAUGUAUCAGGAUAAUGCAAGAACUUGCGAUUUGAAAACUUUAAAUUUUUUACUCAAGAAAAUCAUAAAUUGUACGAAUAAUAAUGGUUCCGUUGCGUCUUCCUGUACCAUCGAUAUUCUACUUGAUGAUAUUGAACUCCUGGAGUAUUACACAAAUUAUUGUCUGGAGUUUGACCAUGCCAACAAUGAGUCAAUUGGUAUCAUUAUCUGUAAAACUUUACCAAAACUAUUCAAACUACAAAUUUUGACUGGUAAUGAGGGUGUCAUCGAGAAUAUCUUAUCAUGGUACUUCACAAAUAUGAACACACACUUUACUAAAUUCAGAUUUUCUUUAGCACAUUCAUUUAAAAAGAUUAUAGACUUAAUACAUGCAAAUGAUAAUGACGGUUUAUUACUUGAUUUAGUCGAAGGUGAUAUUAUUGAUAAGACUCUAUCCCUUUUAGAUGAUAAGGCAAAUUUAGAUAUGAUUGAUAUUCACGACUUGCACUCAAACCUACUAAUAAUGGCCGAAUUAUCUAACUUUAUAAUAGUACACUUCCCAAAUUUAAUACUCAAAAUCAUAAAGGUUCUGUCCACAACUUUUUUUUUCCAACAAAAACAUCUGAACAAGAGCAUCAAGGGCAGUCAAAUAAAAGAUGCCUCAAAUUUUAUCUCGUGGUCUUUAGUUAAGGCUAAAUGCUUCCAUGAACAACUCACCGCUAGUACAGAGCUAGUGGUCUCAAAUCUUUUCCAAAACCUUCUGAUUAAUUCAUUAUUUGAUGCAGAAAUAUUGAUUAGGAAAUCAUCAUACGCCGCUUUACAAGAGCUUCUAGGAAGACAUGGAAGUUUAAUUUUGAGUAACGAACAAGUUGUCAAAAUUAUGGAACUUCCUAUAAACGAUUUAAAACAUUCAUAUUCCAAUAACCUUAUCGCAUUAUACAAGAUACUAAAUCCAAAUAAUGGCACCAGUAAUAAUAUUCACAACACUUUUUUCAAUUAUAUAAGCGAUUGGUUCAUAAACUAUAACAUUAUGGGAAACGUCGAUAUAGGUACUGUUAUGUUGGCGGUUUCCUCCUUGAAAAUCUUAAUGCUGUAUCUCAAAGCAAAUCACAACCCAUAUUAUAUUGUAUUAUCCAAUAACAUUGCAACGCUUUUGAAAAGGCAGGAUUCUAAAGGUAAUGUCGAUGCCAUAACUUCCACAAGAUUACUGUAUCUAAUAACUGAAAUGAACAGUGACGAGCAUUUACUAAAUUUUAAUAGAGAAUUCUUAUUAAAAAUUUUCUCUAGUGUUAUAAAUUCACAUUUUACAUUUUCGAGAGAUUCGGUCAAUUCAUUCAAAUGCUUAGCGAUCCUAAAGUAUUGGACUUUCAAUUUGAAGGUCAAAUACCCCCAUUUUACCCUUAGCAAGCCAGAAUUUGAUUUCCUAUACACGCGUAUACUAUUGGUCGCCAAUGUCGAUUCUUCUUCUUUUGAUGAGUUCAGCACACUGAUGAAUGAGUUUAUAUAUCUUCUAUCACGUAGUGACACAACUAUUUUCGGAAAUCAAGAGGCUUUUGAUUUUUUUUGGCUCAACUAUGAUAAAUAUGCCAAACUUAACCACACGAUAAUCUGCUCAUCAUUGCCAUACUUGCCAUAUGACGAAUUUAAGAUUAAAUUCGCUAAAUUUGUGAGUCACUUGAACUGUCAAGCAAAAGCUUCACUGAUAGCAAAUAUAACAAGAAACGAAAACGACAUUUUAUCUAAUCUGUUAAAUGACACCAGUACUGGCUUCAAUAUUAUUGAUUAUAUAGUCGACUUUUUAGACGACCACACUGUGACAGAUCAAGGCGACGUUGGUAGAUUAGUGAGGUUCCAAGCAUGUAAAUUGAUAUCGUUGCAUUUUAACCGUUUUGAGAAACAUCAUGACGUCCUACUUUCUAGCUUAUUUAAUUUGGCUGCUCAACCGUCUACGGGGAUCAGAACUGUCUCUUUGAGUACAAUUCAAACAUACUUAGGUUCUUCCUCAGACGAAGAAAAAGAACAUGAAUUAAAACUCUUACAGCUAUUUCAAAUAUUCACCUCAAAUAAUGGAGAUAUAGACAGAUUAUCCUUCUGGCAGAGCUAUGCAAUGAAUGCAGGUGCGCAAUACUCUACUAACGACCAGUUAGGUAAAUCAAUCGAUUCUUUUAUAACGUGGUAUGAGACAGAUUUGAAAUCUAGUGAUUCCAGGAAUGCUAUAUUCAAAGAAUUAAUCUUAUCAAUUCCCACAGCAUCCCGUAUCAUGUCAUAUAAAUCUGACCAGGAGAAAAUCAGCAAAUUGAUAAAAACUGUUACCUGUUGUUUAAACUUCAUAGAGAGACUAAUUUCUUCUAGGACCAAAUUGGGAGAUGAGCGUUUCAACUGGAACGGUGUUUUGAUCAAGCUAAACAAUUUGAUGAUUCUGAAAUUUGGUUCAAAUCAAGUUUUUAAAAUGCGGAUAGUAGAAUUCUUACCUUUCUUAGGCAUAGCAUAUGAUAUCGCUGUUGAUGGUGCGACAGAAAAUCAUAAUAACGACUUUCAGUUCAUUAAUCAAAUCAUAGAGAAAAUACUAAAUGUGGCUAAAAAAACUAAUAUAAUGACUCUACAACGUGCAUGUAUCAGAGGUCUUUUCCAGCUUUACUUGGAAUUUGAUGCAUUGGAACCAUUCAAACUGUUGGAAAAAAUCUUGAAUGAAAAUGAUUCCAUCAAUAAUCAUACUAAUACUGAUUUCUAUAUACAGGUGUAA